CGUCGCGGCGUAAGGGUGGCAUUAGCUGGCGACGGGCGCACUUGGACACGCGAUCGCCGCGCGGUACACACGGUUUUGCCCAAAUGCCUGGCCGGCAGCGGCUGUUUCCUCGCGACGCGUGCCUCUCGCGCGAUCGUCACGCGUGCGACUACUCGUGAGAGGGUGAGGUCAAGGGGAGUCCCGCAGACCUCUUCAGUCCCGUACCCCAUCGCCGUCUCCUCCCCUUCCAGACGCGACAGGGUGCUCUCACGGUUCUUACCUGCGCUGCAUCAUCCCGUCACUGCCGCGAGACCGGCCGACCACUUUAACACUGUUGUGAACGUUAACACUGUGCGGACUUUGACUCACGUGCGACCAAUUUUAAACGCGCUUGUGACAGAUCAGUGCCAGUGACACCGUGAACCAUCGAGCGAUUCGCAGUGGACCGGUUACCAAUGACGAUCGUCAUGGAUUGGAGACUCGGGCUGCUGCUGACCUGCCUCGUCGUAGUGGACACGGAAGCCCUGAGGAUGCUGGAGCUGGUGGUCCCCCAAUACGUGGUCCGCAACCAGAAUAUUAGACUGGAGUGUAACUUCAAUUUGGAUGGCGAGACACUCUACUCCGUGAAAUGGUACAAAGAUGGGAACGAGUUCUACCGAUACGUGCCACAGGACAGACCGCCGGUGCUCGUCUUUGAGCUGCCAGGUGUUAAGGCGAAUAUUCACAAUUCGACCGAGAGCUCGGUCGUCCUCCAUUCCGUGAACUUAAUGAGCUCCGGAAGAUACAGAUGCGAGGUGUCAGCCGAGGCGCCGUCGUUCCAAACGGUAUCCGAUCACUCGGAUAUGGUGGUAGUGGCUCUGCCGGAAGACGGGCCCAUUAUCAACGGGAGGCCAGGAAGGCUCCGUUAUCAAGUCGGUGACGUGGUGCGGUUCAAUUGCACUUCGGCCAAGUCGAAACCACCUGCCAUACUCACCUGGUACAUCAACGGAGAUCCUGUAGUCGACGACACACAAUACUUGAGAGGACCUCACAUCACCGAGGUGGAUCGCGAGGGUCUGCAGACGGCCGUGCUCGGCCUGGAGUUCCGUCUGCGUACGAAGCACUUCAAAAGGGGAGACUUGAAGAUCAAAUGCCUGGCGAAGAUAGAGACCGUAUAUUGGAAAUCGAACGAGCUCAGCAUAGAGGGUGAAAGGCCUCUGAAGAUGCCGGUAAUGGAGAGCAGGGAGACAAGGGCGCAAGGCCACACGCACGCGGAGCAUAUCUUAGGAGGUAGUGGAAGCAGCACAUUGGCACCUUGCAUCUUACCGAUGAUGACGAGUUUAUUGAUUCUACGAUAAGAAGACGGGACGGACCGAUGGUGUCGCGUCCUUCGUGCUCAUCCUUUUCAGGCCUCUAAACCGAGAAUCGUGCGGAUAUCACUGUGUACUAAAUUAACCGUGUUGUUUCUAUUUUUUUAUAAUCGCAGUUAGUGGAGUUAGCGUGGACAUAGACCAGAGAAUAUACUUAUCAGAGUACA